AUGGAAACCGGGACGAGCUCGUGCCAUUAUUUAGUCGUGCCGGAGUUUGCUGCGCAGUUGGAGAGACUUUAGUCCGGGCUGCCUUCAUGACAGUGACGGGGGGAUGACUGAGGAGCCGCACGGUAGCCUGUGAGGAGUGGUUGUGAUCCAGCAGGUCAGAGUCGGCCCAGUUCUGCUGGUCUAACUGGUGUCAGCGAUGACGGACCAUCUGCCUCCUGCUCUGCUGGAAGCCUGUGUGGUGGUGGGAGCAUCAAGCGACAAACUCAGGGAGGUCUCCCAGGCCAUAAACAACAAUGAAACUCCAGAGCACCUCCUGUUGGAGCCGGAGGUACUGCAUGUCCUGGCGCCUCCCUUUGUUACCAGACCGCAAUGUGAGAGUGAAACAGGGAGGUCACAUGGGAAGAGGCGGCGCUCCUUUCUCAGGAAGAAAAGGGAACAACCUCCUUCAGCUGCAGCGACUCCCAGCCCAGCAGGGGGGAGAGGAGGAACUGAAGAUGUCAGUGUUCCUAAAGACGUCGAUCUCAUGGCGUUACCUCAACUCUGCUUCCCAGGUGGGCUCCAAGUAACCAAUGAAGAGAAAGAGGAGCAAUUCCACUUCCUGGUUUUCACUGAUGUCUUUGGCAACAAGACCCAUGGAGUAGUACUGCAAUGUUAUCGACCGAUACUGGAAGAGACGUCUUUCCUCCAGAAUGGACCUGGGUCCUUUAAGUUCUCUAAACUUUUCUCUGCCUAUGGUUUCUGUGUCAUAUCCAAGUAUCCUUACUUCACUGCACUCAAAGACUGUCUGUCAUGUCUGUUAAUCCAGCUGAGAACUUGUCGUUUAUCCGACAUGGAGGAGAGAGUGAAGGAGUUUGCAGCCAACCUGGCGCUGGUGCCUGUCCCCCCUCCUGGACAACUACAUUUGAUGUUUACCCUGCGUCCGCUGACCAUUGUACUACCGUCCAGACAAGACAAAGACCACCCAGCUAUAGAUUUAGACCUCCAUCUGCCUUUCUUCUGCUUCAGACCACAGCAACUACUACAGGUGCUGUCUUGUCUCCUGCAGGAGCAGCGGGUGGUGUUAUUUUCUGCUGACUGGGCCAGACUCACGCUGGUGGCAGAGAGCUUCUUGCUUUAUAUGAAGCCUCUGUCGUGGCAGCAGCCAUAUGUUCCUGUCCUGGCCAGAGGCAUGCUGGACUUUCUCAUGGCUCCCACUGCCUUCCUCAUGGGCUGCCAUCUCAGCCAUUUUGAAGAGGUUGCUGCUGAAACAGAUGAUCUGAUCCUCAUCAACAUUGAUAAAGGAAGUGUCUCCACUUCUUAUUCUGAGACUCUCGACCUACCAGAGAUUCCUCUGGCUGCUGCAGACUGCUUCACACAGAGGUGUCAGUCCCUUCAGAUUCAUUUUGACCUGUGUCAGUGCAGCCAUGCAAGCUGCACUGACAUCAGUGAGCAGCGGGCUCAGAGGAGAGCAUGGCAACACAACCUCAACCACGACAUCCAGAGGAUCACACUGGAACUGAUGGUCAACAUAUUCAGGGAUGUUAGCAGUCAUCUGAACUAUGAACAUCGAGUGUUUAACAGUGGAGAGUUCCUGAAAACCAGAGAGCCAGCUGAACAGCUGUUUUACAAAAAGGUGCUGGAGACGCACAUCUUCCAUUUCUUCCUCAAGGAUCGUCUCAACAGGAAAAUGGACAACUUUGCUCGAAAGACACUCAGCACUCGCUCUGAGAUGCACAGGAUGAAGGCUAUGGUUGAGAUCCCACGCAGACCCACCAUGCAGGAGAUCCAAGCCCGGAGACAGAGCUCUAUUACAGAGAGCAAGCUGAGUAAAAGACUGGGGAUGAGCCUACCUAACCUCGACCAAACUAUCAGCUUCCAAAGAAACACACUGCUCACCAGGAUCAUCAUGUCUGACCCUGCGCUGAGAACUCCUCCUAAGCCGGCAAAGGUGUUUAAGCUCCCAGAUUUCCCAGCCUCUCUGUCCUUCCACUCUGUCCAAAGUUAUUACAGUGAGCUGAUCCAACAGCUCGGCAAAGCCAUCUUCUCUGUCCAAAAUGAGAACUCUACUCUGGUGGCCAGAUUCUACUACUUGCGUGGUCUCAUCAACACACUGUGUUGGCGGCGGCUGGAUGCCCUGAUUGAUUUCCAGAACCUCUACAAGACAGAUACCGCCAUCUUCCCCACGCAGCUGGUCUCAUGGCUUGUGGACUCACUGCAUCAAGACGAGAGGCAGCAAGCUGACAGACGACCAGAACUCAAGAGACUAAUCCUCAAGGUGAAGACAGAGAAUGAGAAGCUGUCGGUGCAGCCUGAUGACCACGUCAAGAAGUUUGAGCUUCCCCGAAAGCAUCUGCAUCAGGAGGAGUUUGUGCGUUGCGUUCAGGAGUGUGGGAUUGUUAAGGACGUAGCAACCAUACACAGAUUAUUUGAUGCUCUCAAUGAUGAUGGCCAGCCAAAGCAAGUGGACCCUGAUCUCUUCAGAGUCUUCUACACCGUCUGGAAGGAGACGGAGACCGAGGCGCAAGACGUCAACUUGCCCUCUGAGGUCAUAGACCAUCUUGACAAUAGCGAGUGUGUCUACAAGUUGUCGUCGUGUGUCAAGACCUCCCAUGGUGUCGGUAAAAUUGCAAUGACGCAGAAACGUCUGUUCUUGCUCACCGAGGGACGACCGGGCUUCCUGGAAAUCACAAAGUUCAGAGACAUACAGGAGGUGAAGAUCGUCUCAGCUCCCUUUCUACUUGUUCGUAUCCCCUCCCUUCGUAUCCAGACCUCUGGUAGGCUCGAGGUGUUUGAGGCCAACCUGAAGACAGAGACCGAACUCUGGAACCUCGUGGUGAAGGAGAUGUGGGCCGGACGCAAGAUGGCCGACCAGCACAAGGACCCUCAGUACAUGACUCAGGCUCUGACCAACGUCCUGUUAAUGGAUGCUGUCAUGGGCUGCCUGCAGACACAGCGGUCCAUCAUUGCCGCCUCAAAGCUGGCCUACUUCGAUAAGAUCAAACAUGAAGUGCCCAUGAUGGUACCUAAAACUACCUCAGAGACUCUGAAACACAAGAUCAACCCAUCAGUGGACCUGGCUGAACCUCAGACUGUGCAUGUGCUGCUGUACACACCAGGUCAGCUGACUUGCAAUGACUCAGAGGGUGAGAUGAACCCCAAACUGUGGGUGGCUCUCAGUGGAGGCAAAGUGGUUGUGUUUGAUGCAGCGAGCUGGUCCAUGCUGCAGGACUGCAUCCAGGUUGGAGAGUCGCAGCUGAACUGCAUGCUGGGAUUGGUCCAGGAGCAGGUGUGGAUUGGCUCUCAGGACUCUGUGAUCUACAUAAUUGACACUCACAGCAUGUCCUGCAACAAACAGCUGACUGAGCACAGACAUGAAGUGACUGGACUCACAGCGGACUCCAGAGAUCAACACAACAGUCAGCAGACAUACUCCUGCAGCUGUGAUGGGACCAUUCUGCAGUGGGACUCUGUCAGUCUCAAAGUGAAGCGACAGUUCCACCUCAGCUGUGAUCGUCUCUCCUCCGUACAGAUCUAUGAUGGCACACUGUGGUGCUGUUGUGGUGACAGCAUUGUGGAACUGAAAAAGAGUGGGACACCACAAAGAAGAACGGUACUUCCUGAUGACAUACGGAGCAUGCCCAGUUGCUUCAGCUGCUUCAUUAUCAUCCCAGAGCGAGGUCAGCUGUGGACGGGCUGUGCAGAUUCAGGGGAGCUGUUUCUCUGGCACACUAACAACCACAGACGUCCAUUCAGGAGAAUCUCCCUGCCGGGCAGUUCAGGAGUCACCUGUAUGAUUCGAGUCAAGGACCAGGUCUGGGUGGGCUGUCGUGGUUGUAGUGGUGUCGGAGGCCAGUGUGACGAUCAGCUGAGAAGUCAAGUGUUGGUGAUGGACGCGGAGAGCCAGACCGUGGCGAAGGAGCUGCAGGCACAUUCAGACAGCAUUCAGACCCUCUGCUCAGCUGAGGACCGCUACGUCUUGAGUGGCUCUGCACACCGUGAUGGAAAGAUUGCCAUCUGGAAAGUGGAGUAGAGAUGAAGCAAGAUAUGGAUGCAUAUGGAUGGGACAAAAGGUCAAAUAUGAGUACUUGGGUGGGUCUUUACUGACCUGAAGAAGCCUUGCUGGAACACAGAGAGACGUCGAGUUUUCCUGAUCAACACAUCUGAGAUCUGACAGAUCUCAAUGCUGACGAAGAACACAGUGUAGCAUGUGUACUCCUGGUAC